GGGCGGUAUGUCCGGACGGGUGCGGCACUGUCGAGGAUGUAGAAAGCGGGUAUAUCCCACCGAACUCUUCCGUGCUCUCGACGCCGACUGGCAUCGUGGGUGCUUCCGAUGCUCGGCCUGCGCAUGUACGCUCAGCCUGGCCAACCACUACUCGGUCCGCAACAGCGACGGUGAUAAGAUCCCUUAUUGCAGAGUCCAUCGGCCGGAUGCAUCAGUGGCGCUGACUGCUGGAGGUGUGAGACGCGACAAUCAGGCACAGAAGCCCAGUAGAUCGCAUGCUGCUUUCGCCGGCCUCGCCGCGCCCAAGCCUGAGCAGCUCUGCCCUGUCUGCAACAAGGCCGUCUACCCGGUCGAUCGCAUCCGGGCUCUGCGCACCAACUUUCACACCGGCUGCUUUCGCUGCGUCAGCUGCACAACAGUGCUCAACAUCAAGAACUUCCAGUCGUACGAGGGGGUGCUCUACUGUGCUGCCCAUCUCCCGCGCGUCCGCCAGGGGCUCGGCCGCGCUUCACCGGCUGCUUCGUCCAUCGGCUAUCGUGGCGGUCCGCCCCAGCCUACGCCCGAGCUGGCGCCCGAGCCCGUGUCCGAGCCCAAACCCGAGCCCAGGCCCGAGCCCAAGCCCGAGUCCGAGCCCAAACCCGAGCUCGAGCCUGAGCCCGAGCCCGAGCCCAAGCCCGAUCCCGAGUCAGAGCCAGAGACAGACGAUGACUCGGGCCUCUCGCCUUUGCCGCUGGCGCUGUCAUCGGCUUCAUCGUCCCCGCCGGACUCACCGCGGCCACCACCGUCUGCUCUUAACCACUCUCGUGUGAAGCAGGCCGGGUUCAUUGGCAUCGCCACCGCCGUGGAAGCCUGGACCGCCGAGGAUUCCGACGAGCUGAGCUUCAAGGCAGGCGACACGCUACUCGUCACGUUUGAGGACGGCGAUUCGUGGUGGUCAGGCGUAGUCUCAUCGCACGACACCGAGGCCGACGCUGCAGCUCUUGGCGAGGCCCUCCUCUUCCCGCUCUCACAUGUCGAGAUCGUGGCCAUGUUCUCGGAUGCGCCCGAUGCGUCACCGGGCGGAGUGGACGGCGCUAUCGGCCUCUGUGAAGUCCUGUACGACUACGAGGCAGCCGAAGACGGGGAGCUAUCCCUUCAGCAGGGUCAGGUCAUCCACGUGGUCUCGUUUGACAACUCCGAGUGGUGGACCGGGGUGGAGGCCAGCUCGGGCUCGCGCGGCAUGUUCCCCUCGCUCCACGUCAAGCUACUGGAGGCGACGACUGAUGAGAGGCCGGCGACCGCGCCGCGCCGCGAGCGGCCACCUCUCGGUGACCUCGCCCACGAAGAGACGGUGGGCGAAGGCUGGGUUGUCACUCCGUGGAUCGAGGAGGAGGACAGCGAGCUCGGGCUUCAGGUAGGCGACUACGUGCUCGUCGUCGAGUUUGACAAUGACGAGUGGUGGACCGCCAUCAAUGUCCGCACCAUGGAUGCCGGCCUCGCGCCCGCCAUGUGCAUCGAGCUGGUCGAGAGCCCAGCCUCUUCCGCAAGCUUCGGUAAGCAGGUUCGGGUCCUCUUUGACCGCGCCGCAGUCGACGACGACGAGCUCUCGAUCAGCACCGGCGACAUCAUUCACGUCCUCGACGAGACCUCCGACUCGUGGUGGUCAGGGGAACUGCGCGGGCGCGAGGGCCUUUUUCCGCUCACACACGUCGAGACCAUCGACAUCGCUAGUCUUCCGCUGUCGGUGACGAGCUAG